AUGGAGGCUUGCAAUGGAACUGCCAAAGCAUUUGCAGUGAAGAAGCAGGAAGCAGUACAAGUCGUCCGUCCCGCUGAAAAAACAUACAAUGGCUUGUAUUUUCUUUCCAACCUUGACCACACAUUCCCUUACCCUAUCGAGAUCGUGUUUGCUUAUAAAAAUGGAAUGGAAAAUGCCGUUGAAACCAUCAAAGAGUCACUGGCUAAGAUCCUGGUCGAGUUUUACCCUUUUGCAGGUUGUCUUUCUGUAACAUGGGACGGGAAAAUGAUUGUGCGUAGCAAUGGGGAAGGAGUGCCAUUUGUUAAGGCAGUUUCGAAUAACACCAUCGAAGAAUUGGGAGAUAUCAGCAGGGUUGAUCCUGUGAAGUUACGACAACUCGUUCACCACGUAGAUAGUGUGGAAAGCAUAUUGGACGUGCCUUUGUUAACGGUGCAGAUCACAAGUUUCAAAUGUGGAGGAAUUGUUCUUGGAGUAGCGAUGAACCAUGUCCUUGUUGACGGUAAAGCUUUAGCAGAUUUCUUAAAUUCUUGGUCUCAAAUUACCAAAGGCCUGCCCUUAUCUGUUGUUCCGUUUCUCGACCGGACCAUCUUAUCUGCAAGACAACCUCCGCUGAUAGACAUUCCCCAUCCUGAAUACGUCAGGAAAGAAAGGCCAACGAAAAAUGCUUCCCUUCAAUUUCCGGAACCACUCGUUUAUCAAUCCUUCUGCGUUGAACCCAAAAAGCUUUACCAACUUAAGCAAUUGGCUAAGGAAGGUGAAUUCGCUGCACCUCCUUCAAGCUUCGAAGUGAUCUCCGCGUUAAUGUGGAUUAUGAGGACCAAGGCAUUUAAGAUUGAACCUCACAAAACAACCAAGCUUCUCAUUGCUGUUGAUGGUAGGCCAAAAUACAAGCCACCCCUACCCGAAUGUUUCUUUGGCAAUGGCAUCGCUUUUUCAUGUGCCCAGUGCACGGCAAGAGAUUUGGUGCAAAAACCAUUCUCAUUUGCAGUUAAAAUAGUGCACGAGUCUAUCAAAGAGGUCACUGAAGGCUAUAUAAGGUCAGCCAUAGAUUACUAUGAGUUGACAAGAGGAGGACUUGAAAUCGAGAAUACUUGCUGGAUUAGUAAAUGGAGUAGGCUGACCUUCUAUGAUGUGGAUUUCGGUUGGGGAAAACCGCAGCAAGUUGCACCAGCAUCAAUAGUGGAAAAUCUGGUUCUGACGCUUGCUCAGGGAAAGGACAGUAAGAACCUUAUUUUAUCCUUGGCUCUGCCUGAAUCUGCCAUGAAGAUAUUCCAGGAGCUAAUGCAGUCGGAACUCAACGAAAAUAAGUCCAAAACUAUGACGCACAUAAUAUAUUUAACAUAAUUCUAGUUGAACUUAUAGUUUUCUCCAAAGAUGUUACGUGUCAACAUUAUAAAUAAACUAUUUUCUUAUCUUUAAAAAAUCUUUCUAAUUUUUUUAUUGUAUGAUUCCGUAAAUUAGUUUGAUCUUUCCACUUACAAAUUAAAACUUUAUAAUUAUUAAAGAGUAUGUUCAAAUCAAUAAAUAUUUAAUUUUAACAAUUAUCGAUUUCUCCACUCCAU